AUGUCUUCUACCUUCAUCAACACCACCCACUUGCCCGGCAGCAUCCACAGCGCCAACACUUCAAAGAAGGUCACCCAACACAGACCAUCACCAUACCUCAGCAUCCAAAACAGCAGCGCCAUGGGUAGCUCCUGGCCUCCAACUCAACUUCAUCUGCGGGAAAUAAUGACACCGGACUACGACAAUGAUAUCCCAAUUUUGGAGCGUAACCUUGACUUUAUCGACGACGAUCCACUCACAUACUUCCUCACCCCGACCAAGGAAGAGGACGAUCCGAUGAUGGACUUCGACGCCGGGAUCGACGGAUCCUCAACCGAUAUGAUCCGCUCCGUCAGCCCCUCGCAGCUCGACGGCGGCAAGAAGAGCAGCAGCAACAGCGCCAGCAGCAGCAUCCCGUUCGCCCGGCCAUUAACACCACCACGCUCACCGCCGGCGCUGGGCGAGUCUACGGACGAGGAGAUGGACGACGACGAGGACGACUACAUCCGCCUCGGGUCGAGGAGCCAAGCCCUGCUCCCGCUGUCGCUCAGCGACUUUUCCAAGGAGCAGGCACUGCUGAGGACGGCCUCGUUCCCCGGCCGCUCGCAGCGCGGCCGCAGGGCCACCUAUACUGCCAACUCGAGCAGGAGGAGACUGUCGCCCAGGUCGUGGAGGGAGCCCAGCCCUGACGUCUGGAGCAUCGAGGAGGAGCCCGAAGACUCUGGCACCCUCAAGGCGGCAGAGGAUAAGAAGAAGAAGGCUGAGGGCAAGCCCAAGAAGAGGGUGAGGUUUGUGCUGCCAGCGGAGGAGUCUUUUCAUUGA